CGCCGUUAAGAUCUCGAAUCGGUCCCUAUAUCUAGGGUUUCAACAGUCUUUCCGCGGUUUUUUGUCAUCCAGAAGUCCCGUUGGAUUUGUUCUCUCCUUCCUGAUUUUCUCCGGAAAUUUUCCUACUUUCUCGUGAUUCUGGUUGGGAAUUAUUCCUCUCUCCUGUUUGGUGAAAAUUUUUCUUGAUGGUUCAGAUGAGGAAGUCGGCGAAUCUUCAUAGUCAUCUCGGGGACAAGGCACCGGUGAAGUUAGAAAUCGUGGAGGAUCCACUAGAGGACGAGCAUGGGCCGGACAACAAGCGAUCAAAGCCAUCUCCAGCUCCUCAACAGUGGAGCUCCGGCCCAGAAUCAUUUCCAAUCGCACCAGCACACUAUAACCCACUUGACGAACCUAGUCCUUUGGGUUUGAGUCUAAGGAAGAGCCCUUCGCUGUUGGACUUAAUUCAAAUGCGGCUUUCCCAAGGCAGUGCAUCUGCUCCAGGAACAGUGCAGAAUCAAGAUUUGAACGGAGCAGCAGAGAAGGAAGGUAAAAACACCACCAAUUCGAGCGCCACUGACAAGCUGAAGGCUUCAAAUUUUCCUGCGUCAAUUCUGAGGAUUGGAUCAUGGGAGUAUAAGUCAAGAUAUGAAGGUGAUUUGGUGGCAAAGUGCUACUUUGCUAAGCAUAAGCUUGUUUGGGAAGUUCUUGACGGUGGGUUGAAAAGUAAAAUAGAGAUCCAAUGGUCAGAUAUAACAGCUCUCAGGGCUAAUUGUCCUGAUGAUGGACCAGGGACACUGAAUGUUGUGCUAGCCAGACAGCCACUUUUCUUUAGAGAGACUAAUCCUCAGCCAAGAAAGCACACCUUAUGGCAGGCGACAUCAGAUUUUACUGAUGGACAGGCUAGCACACACAGGCAACAUUUUCUGCAGUGCCCACAAGGGCUGUUGAAUAAACAUUUUGAGAAGCUCGUCCAGUGUGAUAUGCGUUUGAACUUUUUAAGCCGACAGCCAGAGGUAAUUUUGGAUUCCCCAUAUUUUGAACCACGAGCAUCUGUUAUUGAGUAUUCGCACGGAUCUGAAGGUCAUGAGUUUACCCAAGUGGAGAAUUUUAAGGGAUCCUCUUUUUCUGGAUUCCGGGAUCUAGCAUCACCAUCUGCCGCACAAUCAUCUUCCUUGGAGAUGGAAAAAGGGGAGCAUUCUGGUUUAAUAUUGGAACACAUGUCCAGAGAAGCUCCUUCUCCGAGCUCAGUGAUGGACACUCGUGCGAUUGAAGGGAGUGGAAAUUGUGAGGUGGUCGAUUCAAAGGGGCCAAGCAACUGGGAUCAGAUUAAAGUUCCAGGACUACACUCUUCUAUGUCGAUGAGUGAUCUUGUGAACCACAUUGGACAUUGUAUUUCUGAGCAGAUGGGUUCUGGGAACCCACCUUUCUCUGAUAAUGGAUCAGAGUACCAGGGCAUGCUGGAGGACAUUGCACAGUACCUUCUCAGUGAUGCUCCAUUAACAACGCCUUCUGAUGAGAAAUGCCUUAUGUCAAGGGUCAAUUCACUCUGUUGCCUUCUGCAGAAAGACCCAUCUUUGGCUCAGACCUCACAGUUGAAUGGGGCAAGUUGCUUUGAAGAACUAAGUGAGAAGGCAGAUGUUCAGAUAAACCAUGGUGACACAAAGGCAUCAGAAAACGGUGUGAAAGAUGUUUCUCCAAGUAAGCCAAUAACUGCCAUGUCAAGAAAAGACUCUUUUGGGGAUCUGCUACUUCAGCUUCCUCGAAUUGCAUCUCUUCCAAAAUUCUUAUUCAAUAUUUCUGAAGAAGAUGGUGAGGGUCAAGCAAGAUAAUCUAAAACGUAAUCGUGAUGACAUGAAUUAGCUCAAGAUGUGCUCUCUCUACAAACAUUUCAAGCCUUCUCUACACACAUUGAAGCCUCCAAAUAGUUGCUUGUGCUGUUAAUUAUGAACAUUCAGACAGACCAGGAUUCGGAAAGUUGUUUUUUAUGAAGAAUCCUAGUAAUGGCCCUUGUAAAAAGCUUAGAAUUAUUAUCUCUCUCUUUUAGUCUUUUGCACGGAGCGUGUGCCAUUCUAUAUGCAGGUCAUGCUUUAAUGUCAAGGCACUUGGACAGAUCAAGUGUAAAACCCUUGGCAAUGUUGUAGGUUUCCUGGGCAUAAUGUUCUACAUAUGAAACUUUGAUAGUUCUUGU